AUGGCCCAAAACAAGAUUCUCUAUUCUGCAAAGCUCAACGAGAACAUGCGAAGAUCAGCUUACUUCAAGACAAACAAGAGAACCGUCAAAUCAAACAUCAUGCUGAAGUUUGUGACAAAGGCGAUGGAUAUCAAGCUUCAAGGUGAAGCUGAUUUCACGACUACUCUUGAAGAUCCGAUCAAACUGUUGAAACGUAUUGAACGAUUCAUGAAGAAGAGUGCUGAUGCUGAGUAUGAUUUCUUGGAUUUCUGGGAAGCAAAUCAAAAGUUCUUUGCUAUGAAGCAAGGAACAGAAGGAACAAUUCUUGAGACAGGCUGA